CGGGACUCCUGGGCAGGCAGCUGAACCCACAGACGGACCGACGCCAUGAGGGCUCUGCUGCUCCUGGGGUGCCUGCUGCUGAGCCUGGAGUCGGUGCUUUCGCCUCCACCUUGGAAGGCCCCCAAGGUGCGUGAGCGCACAGCAGAUGAACACGCAGUGGUUCUCACUGACACUGGGGAGCCCUGCCACUUCCCUUUCUGGUACCACCGGCAGCUGUACCACAGGUGUACCCGCAGGGGCCGACCUGGCCUGCGGCCUUGGUGUGCCACUACCCCCAACUUCGAGCAGGACCAACGAUGGGCAUACUGCCUGGAGCCCAAGAAAGUGCAAGACGCCUGCAGCAAGCACAACCCCUGCCAGAGGGGAGGGACCUGUGUGAACAGUCCGGGGGGCCCGCACUGCCUCUGUCCCCAACGCUUCACUGGGAAGCACUGCCAAAGAGAGAAGUGCUUUGAGCCUCAGCUGUUCCAGUUCUUCCAUCAGAAUGAAAUAUGGCACAGGCUGGAGCCAGCGGGUGUGGCCAGAUGCCAGUGCCAGGGUCCCCAAGCCCACUGCAAGCCGCUGGCCAGCCAGGUCUGCCGCAGCAACCCAUGCCUCCACGGGGGCCGCUGCCUGGAGGCGGAGGGCCACCACCUGUGCAGUUGUCCCAAGGGCUAUGGAGGACGCAUCUGCGAUGUGGAUCUUGAGGCCAGCUGCUAUGAAGGCAGAGGGAUCAGCUAUCGAGGCACCGCUGGGACCACGGUCUCCAACGCACAGUGUGAGCCAUGGACCUUGGACGCCACCUACCAGAACCUGACUGUAGAGCAAGCGCUGAACUGGGGACUGGGCGACCAUGCCUUGUGCCGGAACCCGGACAAUGAUACCCGCCCGUGGUGUUUCGUGCGGAGAGGCGGCCGGCUGAGCUGGGAAUAUUGCAGCCUACCACGGUGCCGAGCCCCAGCCUCCACAAAGCCCCAGUUCCCGCCUCCGCCCCAACCCCGCCGUGAGCUCCCGGACCUCCCCCUGCCCUCGCUUGCACAAGACGAGGAGCCUCAGCUCGAGACCCCAGGUAGUUGGGAAAGGGUCAGGAAGACCAAGCAGAGGGGGCGUGGGCGAGCUAUGUUCCAGCUACUCCUGGGUCUCCCUGGCCUCAGCCUGAGCUCCUCCACAGUCUCGCACGGGCCUGGGACCGAACUGGAGGGCUGCGGACAGCGGCUGCAGAAACGGCUGCCCUCACUGAGCCGCGUCGUCGGGGGACUGGUGGCGCUGCCCGGAGCGCACCCUUACAUCGCCGCACUGUACUGGGGCCACAAUUUCUGCGCUGGCAGCCUCAUCGCCCCCUGCUGGGUGCUGACCGCGGCUCACUGCCUGCAGAACCGGCCGGCGCCGGAGGAGAUGACUGUGGUGCUGGGCCAGGACCGCCAUAACCAGAGCUGUGAGCAGUGCCAGACGCUGGCUGUGCGCACCUACCACCUGCAUGAGGCCUUCUCGCCCAUCACCUAUCAGCACGACCUGGCGUUGCUGCGCUUGCAUGAGAGCUCGGACGGCCGCUGCGCGCACUUGUCGCCUUCUGUGCGGCCCGUUUGCCUGCCGAGCAGCGCCGGCAACCCUGCGGAAACCGAGGCUGUGCUCUGCGAAGUAGCCGGCUGGGGCCACCAAUUCGAGGGGGCGGAGGAAUACGCCAGCUUUCUGCAGGAGGCGCAGGUGCCGCUUAUCCCUCCCGAGAGCUGCUCCUCUCCCAGCAUGCACGGUGCAGCCUUCGUCCCCGGGAUGCUCUGCGCCGGCUUCCCCGAGGGUGGCGUGGACGCGUGCCAGGGUGACUCAGGGGGUCCACUGGUAUGUGAGGAGGAGGCUGCAGAGCGCCGGCUCAUCCUGCGAGGCAUCGUCAGCUGGGGCUCGGGUUGUGGCGACCGCAAUAAGCCGGGUGUGUACACCGACGUGGCCAACUACCUGACCUGGAUCCGGGAGCACACCGCUUCCUGACCACCCAGGAACAUGUCUUUUCCUCCUCGGUGAUUCUGGAAUGGGAGGACUGCUGGACCUGAUCCUGGAUGGCGAGGAUUGUGCUGCAGCGCCGCCAGCCCGGCGCCAGGCGUGGCGUAAACUGUCAAUAAAGUGCUUCUGGCGA